AUGUACCAUAGGGCGAGGACCGGUGUUCGAACCCCUGUGGGGAACACGGAACUUUUCUCGGUAGAUAUGGGCCUACACCAGGGUUCGGCGCUUAGCCCAUACCUUUUCAUGUUGAUCCUAGACAAACUGUCCAGGGGCCUAAAGGAGGAAAUACCGUGGUGUAUGAUUUUUGCCGAUGACAUUGCGCUAAUAGCGAGAUCGAUAGAGGAACUAAACCAGAGGCUAGAGAAAUGGAGAAAAGCCCUUGAAGACCAUGGUUUGUGCGAGAUAAGACAAAAUGGAGAUGUGGUUAUUAGCAUUGGGGGCCGCAUAUUGCGUCCGAAGGAGUCUUUUAGAUACCUGGGAUCAGUGAUAGACAAAUCGGGUGGGAUAGACGAAGACGUGACACAUCGAAUCCAAGCCGGAUGGAUGAAGUGGAUAGCAGCUACGGGAGUCAUGUGCGACAAGAGGAUUCCGCUAAAGCUGAAAGGGAAGUUCUAUAGAGUGGCUAUUAGACCGGCUAUGCUAUACGGGUCCAAAUGUUGGGCGAUGAUGAAAACCCAAGCGGCUCGAGUAGAGGUGGCUGAGAUGAGGAUGUUAAGGUGGACUUGCGGGAAGACCUUAGUAGACAGGAUCCCGACGGGAGUUUUUAGAGCAGAACUUGAAGUAGGGACCAUCAUUAACAAGCUAAGGGAAGGGCGCUUGACAUGGUUUGGCCAUGUUAGGAGAAGGGAUGAAACUGCACCACUAAGGAGAGCGGAGUCUAUUCACGUGGACGGCAUACGAAGAGGGGGACGACCAAAGAUGAGGUGGGAGGAUCGAUUAGCGAAGGAUCUAAUUGAACUUGGCCUGUCGGAGGACAUGACGUCAGAUAGGACGGCAUGGAGAACUAGGAUUAGAGUAGAAUAG